CACCGACACACAGACCGACAGACAGGUGAUGAAGAUGGUGUCCUCCUCGCGCCUCCGCUGCCUCCUCCUGCUCCUCCUCUCCCUCACCGCCUCCAUCAGCUGCUCCUCCGCCGCACAGAGAGACUCCAAACUCCGCCUGCUGCUGCACCGGACCCCGCUGCUGGGCUCCAAACAGGACAUGUCCCGGGCCUCGCUGGCGGAGCUGCUCCUGGCGGACCUCCUGCAGGUGGAGAACGAGGCUCUGGAGGAGAACUUCCCUCUGGCCGAAGGAGAGCCUGAAGACGUCCACGUGGACCUGGAACGAGCCGCCGGCGGCGGCAGCGGGCCGCUGCUCGCCCCCCGAGAGAGGAAAGCAGGCUGCAAGAACUUCUUUUGGAAGACCUUCACUUCCUGCUGAGAGCCUCGUCUUCAUCGUCAUCUUCAUCGUCACCUUCAUCAUCAUCACCGUCCCCUCCAUCCUCAUCGGCACUCUUCCUCCAGACGCUGUACAGAAACUGUGUGGGUCCGACAGCCGCUCCUUAGUUUGGAUGAAUUGUUUAGAUUUUUCUGAGCUGAUUCUUUCUGAAUGUGAACUUGAUGAAACUAUUUUUAAUUGUGGGUUUGAAUAAAGUUU